CAGGGGCUUCACAUCCGUGUUGGGCAAUGAUUUUUAUGUUUAUUACACUGUGAAGACUCUUACAUUUUGUCCUUUAAGGGUUUUCUUGUUGAUAUUUGACGUACGAUCAGGCCGAGUCACAGCUGCCCUGUUUUCCAGAGUUCAAGAGAGAAUAACAAGAUGAGGGGAAAAAAAAGACUGAAGUUGCUCAGAGGAAGUAAAAAAAGAGAAGUUAAAGCUAUAACUCUCUAUUUAGAGUGUUUGAGAGUAAAGGGUGUGAGAACGAGAGAGAGCACGAAGCGAGAUCCGUCACUUCAGAAGGAUUAAAAUGUCUUUAUCUGUGAUACUGAUGCUUCUGUUUACAGCUGUAACUGGAGAUGAUACCGCCUCCCUCACAGUCAGACUUGGACAUGAUGUCACUUUGCCAUGUGGAAAUGUGAUUAAAGAUCAGCAGAAAUGUGACAGUACUUCUUGGCUUUUCAGUCGUGCUAGUGGGAGCACAGCAGUAGAGCUGGUUACACUCGGGAAUAUAAAUAAAAAUGAGAAAGCUAAAGCUAAGAGGCUAAAUGUUGCAGAGGAUUGUUCUCUGGUUAUUAAAAGUGUCACACGUGAAGAUGUUGGUCGUUACACCUGCAGACAGAUCAGAUCAGGAGAACAAGUUUCAGAAGCUCGUGUGUUGCUGAAUGUUAUUAACAAUACCUCGGACGAUGCCUUCAGGUUUUACUGCUCUGUGUUCAGAUAUGGAGACUGUGCCCACACAGUGCAGUGGUAUUAUAAGGGUGAUGAGACAGAUAUAUCACAACACCAACAGUUAAUCUGUACAGCUACUGUGUCAUUUAAAAGUCUUCAUGUUGUUCAGAAGUCAAACUUUAAUGAGUUGCUGUAUUGUAAAGUAACAGACAAUAAGAGUGGACAAACACUGCUGUGUAAUGCCUUCUCCAAGUCCUCCUGUGAGAAAACAGACACAAAAGGAAGCACAUCAACAGAAGGAGAUGAAAUGAAAGAGGAUGACAAACCAGAUUGGUUGCCAUAUGUGAUUGUGGCCGCUGGUUUAGCAGCCUUCUUAAUCAUCUUAAUAGUUGUUGUGGCAUUCAUGAGACGGAAGAGAACUAAAGGGAACAAAACACAGACGGACAAAAACAUUGCGGAGCAUGAAGAUGUUGUUGCCUACGCCUCCAUCAGCUACACCAAGAAGGGCAACAGUAGAGCUCAGAAGAGUCGUAAAAGAAGUGAAUGUUUCACCCAGAGAGUCACUUGGUCUGAACAGUCAGACGGACGGAGAGGAGAACACGAGACGAUGGAUCAAGUUCUUCUAAGCAUCAUCGCUGUAUCAGGACUGUGUGCCCUUUAUACACAUGCUGGACGUCAGUAUCAUUUUGUGUAUGAGGCAAAGAACAUGACUGAAGCUCUGAGCUACUGCAGAGACAGAUACACCGACCUGGCCUCCAUCGACAACAUGGAGGACGUGGAGCUGCUGAACACAGAGGCAGAUUCAAGCAGAAUGGUCUACUCAGAAUACAGCCAUCGGGCGUGGAUAGGUUUGUACGACGACGUGGAGAGCUGGAGGUGGUCACUGUCGGACAGAAGUUUCUACAAACCUGGAGAGAGUACGUUCAGACACUGGUCAUCUGGAGAACCCAACAAUGUGCACAGUGCAGAGCACUGCGGACAGAUGUAUGGUGAUGGACUCUGGCACGAUGAACCAUGUGGGAGACUUUACAAGCCAGUCUGCAGUGAUGUCACAGGGUCGAAUGUGACCUUUGUCCUCAUCUCCACCUCCAUGUCAUGGACUGAUGCCCAGAUCUACUGCAGAGAACACCACAAAGACCUGGCCAGUGUGAGAAACCUGGACGAGAACCAGAAGAUAAAGGAGCUGAUCUCAGGACUUACGGUUUGGAUCGGCCUCUCCAGAGAGACCUGGAAGUGGACGGAUGGACGUAAUUCUUCGUUUAGGUACUGGAAAAAGAAUGAACCCAAUAACAACUAUGAAACAGAGACAUGUGUGGCCGCUUAUUUCAAAGACUCUGGCAGAUGGGAGGACUGGCCCUGUCACUACAAGAGAGCAUCCAUCUGCUACAGAGACGCUUCAGUUUCACAACGAGUGGUCAAAGUGAGGCUGGUGAAGAGAAGCUCCUCUCUGGAUCUGAAUGAUGCUGCAGUGAUGGACGCCAUGUUGAAGCAGCUCAAACAGAAGCUGAAGGAUCAGGGGCUGAAAGAAGAGGACGUCAAACUGAGCUGGAGGAAGCAGGCGGACGGGAAGGUGUUCCACAAAGAGGAGAAGAAGACGAGGAUGAUUACAAAACCAAAAGACGAGCUGUAGACUAGUGGAAGAUGUUUGUCAUUGGUCAAUGGAUCGUUCCCAUGUUUAUCAUACGGUACAAAAGAGUUCUUGUAUUUCAUUGGUACAGAGGCUGAAACCUGAAGCACGUCUGUUUCCUCUUAUAAUCCUCACUUUACUGAUUCAAAGAUUCAAAGAUUCCAAAAACUUUAUUGUCUAUCACAUUGUGACAGAAAAUGACCUUUUGUUGAGGCUCAACAUGAAAACAUAGAAACAUUCACACUAACACUCACAUGAGGUCAUAAAUAGCUAAAAGUACCUUAAACAGGUAAAAACACAUGCACAGCAUUUUAAAAACAUUGCUUAUCUAGCCUUGUUUAAAAUGUGUAUUGCAGUGGGAAUAAAAGAGUUUCUGUAAGUUUUCUUUUCGCCAGUGGUACUUUAAAACGACUUCCUGUUUGGUCUCGUUCAGUCUCUUAACUGUAACGAGGUGAUCAUGUUUCUGUAUUUGUAAAGUAUAACUCUUUCUCUUUAAGUCUAAUCAUUCUGUUCAAAUCCUAAAAGCCGAGCAGGGACUGCAACAUCGCCACGGCUACAAACCUGCAUGUUAUCAUUUGACAGAUGAAGCCAUGUUCAUUGCAUGUGUCUGUGUUAAAUAAAGGAAUACAAUAAAUAACUGUA